AUGCCGCGUCCGUGCUAUAAAGGGCCUCCGGCUGCAAAGAUGAGCUGGAUAUGCUAUUCUGGAAUCUUCCAGUUUCCCCAAAUCUUUUUCAUCCGGUUUUUCGACGCCAUGCCUUCCACACCCCCGGAUGGAGAGGGCCUGAACAUGAUGUGGUGGGCAGCCCGCCACCCACCAGCAGAUCCAACGACUUCUUUUGCAGGUCAAACAGUCCUAAUCACCGGCGCCAAUACCGGGCUAGGCUAUGAAGCGGCUCUCAAAUUCGCUGCCCUGGGUGCCUCACGCAUUAUCUUUGGGGUUCGGUCACUCCGCAAAGGUGAAGAUGCACGAGCUCAGAUAUGUCAACAAACCGGCUACGACGCGAGUAAUAUCCAGCUGUAUGAACUCGAUAUGAGCACUUUCGCUUCUGUCAAAGCUUUUGCAGAGGCUGUUGCCAAAGAACCUCGCCUGGACAUCGCAGUCCUCAACGCUGGGCUCAUGGCGACCGCUUAUCACGUCAGCCCUGAAGGAUACGAGAUGUGCCUACAAGUGAUGGUACUCUCAACCGCAUUCCUGGGAAUGCUUCUCUUAUCCCAGCUUCAAAAAUCAGCUGCGAUCUCUGGAACGCCCUCACAUCUUGAGUUUGUCGGGAGUAUUAUGGGUCGCGCUGUCAAGGCCGAUACAUUCUCGCAGACCGAUGCCAAAAUCCUGGACCAGGUCACUCAGCCUGAUUUCUUCGGGUUCCAGAAGCAGUACAAUGUUUCGAAGCUCCUGCUCUUCUAUGUUCUGGAUGGGCUGGUGGAGUCUACAAGCAGCUCGAGCGUCAUCAUCAAUACUGUUUGUCCAGGGGCUUGUCGAACCGAUCUUGGACGGAAUUUCUCGACCUGGCUAAGGAUUCCAUUGAAUCUCGUGCAAACUGUGCUUGCUCGCUCGGCCGAGGAAGGAGCCAGAACCUAUGUCAGUGGAGUGACCCUGGGUCAAGAAUCGCAUGGUCAAUUGUGGAGUGCCGACACAUUCUUCAGCAAGGGAGAGCUCGUAACAAGUCCACGAGGCAAGGCGUUGCAGAAGAAAGUAUGGAAGGAAAUUCUGGAAGUACUGCAACCACAUCUGCCUGGUCAAUGA